AUGAGCUCUGUGAGAAUUUACUUACUGAAUUUACAUUGUUGGUGUGUUGCUCUGGAUUUAGUUAUAAGUUUCUUUGGGAUUCCAUAUCUGAUUUAUCCAGCAAUUGCUGGAUAUGGCCUUGGAUUUAUUGAGUCUCCAGGACUAUUUUUCUAUUUGGGAGUCACAUUUAUAGCUGGAACAUCUACAUCAAUGUUUGUGCUUUUUGAAAAUCGAUAUUUCACUAUUUUUGGACAGACAUCAUACUGGAAAUAUUUCCGGAAGUAUGUUGUUGUUGUAAGCUACAUACUUGUCCCUUUAUAUUUUCUACCGCCUCAAUUAUACAUACCAGAACAAACGAAAGCAAGGGAAGUCGCGUUGGCAUCUCUUCCUUGUAUUCCGGAGCUGCCCAGUGACAACCGUCAAUUAUUCGUCCAAGCUACAGAACUAACGCUUAUAGCUGUAUCAAUCGUUAUCGGAGAAGGCGUUCCUACUAUUCAAUGUGGCACUUUCUUUUUUCUUAACUGCUUCUAUCUUGUAUUGGCAAAGAAGCCUAGUGGGCUAUCGAAGAAAACUGUGCACAUGCAGCACAAGUUGGUCAUAGCUUUGAUUAUACAGUCGUCCAUCACCAUAGUUUUAUUUCUUGUGCCGGUAAACUCUGUCAUUCUUUUCGUAUUUUUCCAACACCAAAAUCAAUUCCAUAACAAUUUUAUCGUGUUCGCCCUUGCAAUUCAUGGAAUUUCUUCUACAAUUAUAAUGGUUCUGGCUCACAAACCUUAUCGUGAUUUCGCAAUGUAUCCUCUAUCAUGUUUUAUCAAAAAACCUAAAAAAGUGUCUGUGAUGCCAUCGGUUCCAUCUUUCAGAAGUACUCUAGAAUUUUAA